UCCUUUCACACCUUCCUGCUUGUCCAAACUCUCUCUCUGUCUCUCUCUGGCCGACCUCUUGCAUUUGCCUCUCUUUAUAAAUUGAAUUCCCCAUUUUCUCUCUCUCUCUCUCUCUGACAUACACGAAACCCUAGUUACGACUCCGCCGGGGAUAGAGACAACCAUGAACGGGGACAGCGAAGCGAACAAGGCCGCGGGGGGAUAUAGGGAGGGUAGGAGGACGAGGACUUGCGGUUUGGUGCUGAGGCUCCUGGCCAUGGCGCUUACCCUCGCCGCCGCCGUGGUCCUCGGGGUCGACAAGCAGACCAAGACCGUGCCCGUCCAGGUCGGCUCCGGGUUGCCGCCUCUCCACGUCCCCGUCACUGCCAAGUGGCACUACUUGUCCGCCUUCGUGUACUUUGUGGUGGCUAAUGCUGUAGCGAGCGGCUACGCCGCGCUCUCCUUGCUCCUCUUAUUCGCCAACAAGGCCGGCAAGAGCCGAGCGCUGGCCUCGGCAGUGGCAAUCGCGGACAUCAUCAUGGUGGCUCUCCUCUUCUCUGGCAGCGGCGCCGCCACGGCCAUCGGGGUCAUCGGCCACGAUGGGAACUCGCACGUGCAGUGGGGGAAAGUGUGCAACGUCUUCGACAAGUUUUGUGACCGCGUGGCCAUCUCCAUCGUCUUGUCCCUGGUUGGGUCGUUGGCUUUCGUUAUAAUGGGCGGUUUGGCGGUCUUGGGCUAGUGGGCCUUUCUCAAACAGCCUCCUCUAAUUUAAUGCACGUUUCGAUAUUUAAGGUUAUUGUCUGUGUUUUGCCUUUCAUUUUAUUUGGGUAAUGACAUGUAAAAUGUUGCUUAUGUGACGAUAUUCCUUAUCUUUUUUUUUCUUUUUGUAAGAAAUUGGUUGCUUCAUAUGGAUUUAUUUGUGUUCUAUU